UUGUUUCAUACCGGAUACAAACCAGAAGUGGUGACCGGAAGUAGUUUUUGAAGCCGGCUUCACGCUGCGUACUUGCCGUAGCCGACGGAAAGCGGUUCUCUGCGCUUACAUGGAAAAUGGCUUCGUCCUUUUGGAAAGGUGUUGUUGGUUUAGGACUCUUCGCCUUGGCUCAUGCAGCUUUUUCCGCGGCGCAGCAUCGAUCCUACAUGCGUCUGACAGAAAAAGAGAAUGAAACCCUUCCAAUAGAUAUAGUAUUACAGACAUUGUUAGCGUUUGUGGUUACAUGUUGUGGAAUAGUCCACAUCUCGGGCGAGUUUAAAGACAUGGACGCAUCUUCAGAGCUUAAACACAAAACGUUCAACACGUUGAGAAACCACCCGUCUUUCUACCUGUUUAACCACCGAGGCAGGGUGCUCUUCAGCUCACCUGAGCCCGAAGCUCCUACCCCAACUCCUCAGGCAUUGCAGUCCAAUCCUCUGAGGUUACGCAAGCUCGAGAACUUUCACUGAGACUAGCAUCACAAAGGGCUUCCCCUUGCCUGGUUUGCCGUCUUUUUCUUUCUCUGCAUCAGUAAGCUCCUCGGUUGAAAUGGGCGUAUAAACCGUUUUUCCGUCUUUUUUUUUUUUUUUUUUCUUUUCUGUGCACAUGUAGUAUGCUGUACAAAUCUGCAUCUCAACGUGGUUACUACUUUGAAGUCUAAGGACUGUGCCAACUCGUUAUUUCAUUUUUAUUUUCAUUUUUCCCCUCAGCUGAUACGUUUGUUUUAAUGUCUUAAAGAUACACUGUAGUCAGGAGGCACGCAGAAAACAGGGAGAAGCCAUCUUUCUGUUUCACAAGGGGCCCUAAUCCCAUCUCCCAUACCUUUCCAUUGCCACAUGACCUGCUGUGCUGCCAUGUUUAAAUGAGUGUCCCCCCCCCCCCCUUCUUCCUUCCCUCCCUUCCUUUCUAACCCUGUCUCUUUCAAAGGAGGUAACUACUAUGGACCAUUAAUUUUACUUGUGUUAAGAUAUAUUAUUUAUGACUGACGGACUACAACAGUAGAUUUUGGUAUGCAAAUAAUACUAAGGUUAGUAUAAUUAAAUUGAUGCCUGGUCUAGGAAAAGACAAAUAAAGAUGUCUAAUAAUUAUAAUACUGUGAACACGCUGUGGGAAAUGGUACACACACCCCCUUUUAUUUUUUUUUUUUUUAUUUCUUUGGGUGAAUGGGAAUGGUGAUUUUUUUUUUUUUUUUUUUCCAUUUUAUUUUAUGUUACAGUGCAUCUGAUUCUUUUUUCUUUAACAAUAAAAUCUGAGAUUUUAUUGAUGAA